GGGCACGCAGCCCCCGGAGGCCGGGGGGCGGGGCUAGCGGGGAACUGCAGCCGGAGAGCGGCGGCCCGAGCCGGGGCCAUGGCGAAGCUGCUCAGCUGCGUCCUCGGCCCCCGGCUCUACAAAAUCUACCGCGAAAGGGACUCUGAAAGGGCGCGGUCCGGCGCCCCUGAGACUCCAGCGUCGGUCACUGCGCCCCCUCCCAGCUCCUGGGAUACGUACUAUCAGCCCCGGGCCCUGGAGAAACAUGCGGACAGCAUCCUGGCACUGGCUUCAGUCUUCUGGUCCAUCUCUUAUUACUCCUCUCCCUUCGCCUUCUUCUACUUAUACAGGAAAGGUUACCUGAGUCUGUCCAAAGUGGUACCGUUCUCUCACUAUGCUGGGACGUUGCUACUACUGCUGGCAGGGGUGGCCUGCCUCCGAGGCGUCGGCCGCUGGACCAACCCCCAGUACCGGCAGUUCAUCACCAUCCUAGAGGCCACACAUAGGAACCAGUCUGCGGAGAACAAGAGGCAGCUGGCCAGCUACAACUUUGACUUCAGGAGCUGGCCAGUGGACUUCCACUGGGAGGAGCCCAGCAGCCGCUACCUGGUGGCCCACACCCUGGGGCGCCGGAUGCUGUACCCCGGCUCCGUGUACCUGCUCCAGAAGGCCCUCAUGCCUGUGCUCCUGCAGGGCCAGGCCCGGCUGGUGGAAGAGACACCAGCCUUGUAUAUAUAUCUCAUUAAGUCCCGAAAGAGGCCAGUGAAGCUGUUUGUGUUCGGUCUGGGACAGGCCUGGGCCCCCUUAACUCCAUGCUCCCACAGCUACCUGGUGGCCCACACCCUGGGGCGCCGGAUGCUGUACCCCGGCUCCGUGUACCUGCUCCAGAAGGCCCUCAUGCCUGUGCUCCUGCAGGGCCAGGCCCGGCUGGUGGAAGAGUGUGAUGGGCGCCGGGCAAAGCUGCUGGCCUGUGAUGGCAACGAGAUUGACACCAUGUUUGUGGACCGGCGGGGGACAGCUGAGCCCCAGGGACAGAAGCUGGUGAUCUGCUGCGAGGGGAAUGCGGGCUUCUACGAGGUGGGCUGCGUCUCCACACCUCUGGAAGCUGGGUAUUCAGUCCUGGGCUGGAACCAUCCAGGCUUUGCCGGGAGUACGGGGGUGCCAUUCCCACAGAAUGAGGCCAACGCCAUGGACGUGGUGGUCCAGUUUGCUGUUCACCGCCUGGGCUUCCAGCCCCAGGACAUCAUCCUCUAUGCCUGGUCCAUCGGCGGCUUCACUGCCACGUGGGCAGCCAUGUCCUACCCAGACAUUAGUGCCGUGAUCCUGGAUGCCUCCUUUGAUGACCUGGUGCCCUUGGCCUUAAAAGUCAUGCCAGACAGCUGCAGGGGUCUGGUGACCAGGACCGUGAGGCAGCACCUCAAUCUAAACAACGCAGAGCAGCUGUGCAGGUACCAGGGCCCGGUGCUGCUGAUCCGAAGAACCAAGGAUGAGAUCAUCACCACCACGGCUCCUGAGGACAUCAUGUCCAACCGAGGCAACGAUCUCCUGCUGAAGCUCCUGCAGCAUCGGUAUCCCCAUGUGAUGGCAGAAGAGGGUCUUCAAGUGGUGAGGCAGUGGCUGGAGGCCUCCUCGCAGCUGGAGGAAGCCUCGAUUUACAGCCGAUGGGAGGUAGAGGAAGACUGGUGUCUGUCUGUCCUCCGCUCCUACCAGGCGGAACACGGGCCAGACUUCCCCUGGAGUGUGGGGGAGGACAUGAGUGCACGUGAAAGGCAGCAGCUGGCUUUGUUUCUGGCCCAGAAACAUCUGCACAACUUCGAAGCCACACAUUGCACCCCGCUCCCGGUCCAGCACUUCCAGAUGCCCUGGCACCUCUAGGGACCAGCCCUCUAAAGUCAGCACUGGGCCUCGUGCUGAAGGACUGGUGGGAGGAGGCCUGAGGACGGGCCCUCGUGUUUGUGAUUCUGUGUUCAUGUUGCUGUUGAGUUUGUGGAGCGUGGAGUCCACCCCCUUUUCACUGUUCCUCUUGCAUGGGUCCUUCAUCCAUCCUGCAGUACCUGACCUCCUGGCACGCCCUGCUUUAAAUGAAUGGAUUUUUCCUAAUAAUUAAUAAAAAGUAUUUUUUCUA